UUUUGUGUGUAACACAAAGCCCUAUUUAAGCCUGCCUGUAUGGGUUUAAUUGAGGGUAGGUGUGGUCCAGCAAUGAAUGGGAAGACCCUGAAGGGUUGUAAGUUGCUCCAUAACUUGUUGCAGAAAGAUCUCAAGCAUGGGCAACAGGAACAGCAAGCGGUCCCGAGAAGUGACCCCCAUUAUUCCAAGGUAUACACUCACAUCUCCUUCAUUCGGUGCUUGUGCACGAAGACCCUGGCAUGCUUCCAUGGGCACUAGAAAGAGCUUUUAUCCCAACAGGACUAAGCAAGAAAGGACUAUGCGAUCUGCAGGUGCCCCAGGUGCACCAAAGUUUAUACAAAGACUAAUGCAUGCUUCCAUGGGGAGUAGAAUGAGCUAUUGUCCCCAAAGGACUAUGGAAGAGAUUGGGCAGGAUACAGACCACCAAACUUGUUCAAGGUUUACACCAAGACCACAGGAUGCUUCCAUGGGGACCAAAGAGAUCUGUACUUCCAAGGGGUCUAUAGAAGGGACUGAGGACAUUGCAAGAGACCCACCUAGUUCAAAGUUUACACCAGGGGUGCAGGAUGCUUCCAUGCCAACUGGAAAAAACUGUUCUCCCAAGAAGUCUAUAGAAGUGACUGUGCAAGUUGAAAGUCGCCCACCUAAUUCAAACAUUACCCAAGAUACCGCAUUGGCUUCAUCUGGUCUGCAAGACGUUGGAACUCAGAAACCAGCCGAAGAGUCUGCUGUGCAAACAGCUGGUGCUAACCAUCAGGCCACAAUGACUAUGGCAGAUACCUUGAGUUUAGAUGACCUGGAGCUAGAAAUCCAAGCCAUGCUGCAAAUCCAGGUGCUGAGAGGGCUGCGCAACCACAGGAAGAAGGUAAGGGCUGCUAAAGAAAGGAGAAGGUGGUCAAGGUGGUCAAAGAGACGAGGUGUCUUCCGCAUCACUGGGAGAUACCGCCUCUCACCAAUAAUGGAGGAAGGCUCACUGUCUGAAGUGAAGAGAAAUGGAGACAAUCAGAAGAAAAUGGAAACUCCGAAGAGCCAACCAUUCGUGAAUGAUGCUCCACCUGUCCUGGAUACCCCUCAUGAAGACAUGGAUGCUCUACGUACUCAAGGCAACAGUCAAUGAACUCCAGCCUACUGUAACAAGCACAUAAAAGAUGGACUUAUAUGCUAUGGCAGACAAUACACACAAUGGUUCCAAACAUUUAAAGAAACCUUCAGAAAGACUGAUUGCUGGAUAAUGAUGGCCAAGAUGGGGGCUAGUGAUAGGACAACUAUAUAGAGUGAAUGAGAUCUGGGCUCUUGCACAAGUGUGUGAGCCGUUGUGGGGGGGGGAGAGAAUACGGGAAACAUAUUGAAUAAGAAAUCUGGACAUAUCUGAUGGCUCUAAUGGACUUAUUUAAGGGUGAGUAGGUGACACACUUACUGGGAUUGCCUUAUCCUCGCUAUAUUUGACACCUUGUACUGCUUGCUUUAUGUGAAUUUUAAACUUGCUGGCCCAUGGAUGGUCUCCUUUUCCUUUCCUGACACUAUGAUUGUUGACACCAGGAUCUGAAAGUGAUCAAGUCAAUCUACCUGCAGACCCUCUGGCCCAACCUAGAAUGCAAAGUAUCGGAAGUCAAGCUUCCAGAUGAGUCAACUGCUAACUCUUGCAGAAUGCAACCUAUACCAGAAAACCUACUUAAACCUGAGGUAGCUGGGAGAGCUGAAAUUCCACGUAGGGGCAACAAUCCAUGCAGCAGAAUACGCAGCACUCUGAGGACCUGCUUGAUGUGCAGACUACUGAAAACAACUUUUGCCAGACUAAGAAGAAUGACUAAAGGCCUCCCAUGUUUCAAAGGCAGUAGAAAACCAGGAUGCAGAAAAAGGACUUUCCAAAAGAGAUGCCAAAUGUCUUCUUACAAGCAGGACUGCAAUUCUUUCUGCCAGUCAGUCUGCAUUUAUUCUGGAGGCAACUUGCUGAUUUUGAUGAAGUACAACAUCUUCUUUUCAUUCUGCUUGACUGUAUCAGAGCUCAUUCACUUUCUCAUCUAAUGCUAGAUCUUCAGUUCUAAAACACAGCGCAUGUGUGUGCAUGCUUUCAGGCACCCAGGACUACUGCUAAGCACCAGAGACUUUCAUUUUGAUAUAGUCCAUAACUCAUUUUGCUUGCAGCUCCUAACUGAGCACAUUUCUGACCCUUCUUUCAGGUUUUCACAUUCUUGUUGUAACCUCUCUUCCUUCAGCAGAACUGGAUUACUUGUCUUCCUGAUGCUCAUUGAAGAGGGAACAGGAGACUUCUGCAGCACAAGGAUCAUGUGUGAAAUAUGCUUCUUCUUGGAGACUAACUAUGGCAGGUCUUUCAUUUCAGUCCCGAAAAACUGCAGCCUCAGAGGGGAUAAUGCUACCAGUGUAUGCACGGAGCCCCAAAGUUCAGCAGACAAAUCUGUUGCUUCUGAUAGUUAACUACAACCCAAGUUUCUUAACUAGACUUGGCCUUUGAUGUAUUACAGCUUUCUCUAACCUGGAGCCCUCCAAAUAUACUGGACCACAAAUCCCAUCAUCCCUCACCAUUGGCUAUUCUGCCUGGGACUGAUGGGAGUUGUAGCACAAACAUCUGGAAGACACCACGUUUGAGAACACUGACCUAUGCUAUAAUCACUUCAACACUGUAGAGCAGGCAUGGGGAACCUGUGACCCUCUGAAUGUUGGACUACAACUCCCAUCACCCCUGACAUUGCCCACACUGGCUGGGGCUGAUGGGAGUUGAGGUCAGAUAUCUGGAGGAUCAAAGGUCCCCCAUCUCUGCUGCAGUGCCAGAUCAAAAGUCAUGCAAGAGCUAUGCCCAGGUGAGUUACCUGCGUUAUGAGUUUGCAGUUUGGUGUGUGGGGAGGAGGGACACCUACAGAAAUCUUGUGGAGUUGGUGAUUUAAUACAGUUCCUGGGAAAUGACUUAGACACUACUGAAUUGAACUUUGUUGUUCUGACUUGGUAGACGAAACUGGACCAUCUUUGUUUUUUUUUUAAUCCUAACCAUUUGGAAGGUGUAGCACCUCAGACAACAUGGGGUGGAACAAAUUGAUCCCAUGACUCCUAACUGACGUGUCCUCAAAAGCAAAGGCAGAACAGGUUUCUUGCUAUAUAUAUAGAGAGAGAGGGUGGAAUUUAUGAUGGAUAAUACCUAGCAUCUCUAGAUAGGUUUAUAUCAACAAUUGUAAUCUUGCUUAGCUGGAUGUUUUUUACAGUGUGUGCUUGUAUUGUUCUUUUUAAAUGCCAGGUGUAUGUAAUCACUGACAGGUUGGAAACUGAUGUCUUGUUUUUGAAAAAUCUCUCAAUAAAAUCAAUUUUA